AUGACACCCCUAAAAGCCUACACAUCCGCCACCUCCCCCGACGUCGACCAGCACUCCUCCUCCUCCUUCGUCGCCCGCCGCCGUAGUCAGCAUGCCACAUCAACCAAUGGCACAAUCAACAACACCAACGGCACAAACAGUACUUCUUCCCCCUCAUCCAAUGGCAGCCCAUCUACCCCCAACAACCCCUCCGCCGCGUCCACCUCCUCUUCCGCCUCCCUAGACUCUUCCACGUCCAACAGCAGCGGCACAGACGUAGGAGACCUCGGAGGAAUUAUAGUAACCACCACCAUCACCACGACAACAACUACUCAUAACGCUGGCUCGCCUUUGACGCCGAUCAUGACUGGUUCUGGCAAUCUAUCCCUGAUGGUGGUGGAAGAGGAAGAAGAAGAGGAGGAGGAAGAGGUGGAAGAGGAGGGAACUACCCACUGGCAGUUUAUGAUGGCCCACCCGGAGCGCCGCCUUCAUUACCUUACCAAAACAUACAACUUAUACCAACAGUGCGCCUGGUAG